AUGCCUGACCAGAAUGACCACUGUUGGCUAUUCACUCAGACUCAGUUACCUGCUGCUCCUAUUGACUCAGGAAAAAGAAAAGAGUUGUAUUUUUAUCCAGGUGGAUGUGCUAUCGUGUCUAGUGUAGGGGAAACUGAGACGAGAAUGUCAAUACAAAACAAUUUUAAACUUCUGAAUGACAUUCUAGAGAAAUGUGUAUCUGACAAUAUUAUCACAAAGACCGAAAAGGAAAAUACCACCUAUGCAGCGUGUUUUAGAAGACAAGAUGAAAUAAAAGAACCCUUUGUGAAUUCAAACGUUUUGACUGACUUAGGUUUACACCUCCAUCAAGUAAAACAAGAGUUAGUUCCUUGUUUCUAUACAGCUGAGUGGAAACAAAGAUUAGAUACAGGUGUUGAUGAUCGAGACAAGUUUGCGCACGAUUUUACCAGUAAUGUUCGUACUUUUACUUACAGUAGCAUUUAUAGAGCACUUCACAGCAACAGGUCAGAACAAGAAAAAUCCAUAAUUUGUGAUAAAUUCUAUAAAAAAUAUGAGAAUGCUCUUCGAAAUUCUUAUCCGCCAGAUCUGGAUAGCCUCAAUAUAUUGCAAGUUGCUUAUGUAAAAAAGAAAUAG